GUGGCAUUCAACAUCGAACUUCCCCACCCAAACACCAUACCCAUAAGAAAAUAAAUGCAGAACCCAUCGUCGAACCCUCUCCUCUCUCGUUCACCCAUCGUCGAACCCGCCGUUUACCCCCGCCCCGGUCACCCCUUCCACGCCAACCUCGAUUAUGCCGUCUACCCCUAAGCCGCACAUCUCCGUCCUCCCGCUCGACGCCGUCAUCUUCCGGCGGUUCGACGCUGAACUCCUCCUCCAAAUCGUCGUCAUCGACCGGAACGGUGGUCGGGAUUGCAAUUGGAGGUGUAUUUGGCGACAAUGGAUUCGGUUGCUUAGCUCCUCCGCCGCCGCCAUCUUCCGGCGGUCCGACGCCGAACUCUUCUUAUCCUUCCUCCAACUCGUCGAUAUCGACUGGAAGGGUGGUCGGGAUUGCAAUCGGAGGUGUAUUUGGCGACAAUGGAUCCAGUUGCUUAGCUUCUCCGGCGCCUCCUGGCCCGAAAGGGAAUGGUCUUGUGCAGGAAGGAUUGAUGUUGUGAAGACUAUCUCUCAAAUCAAAGAUGAGAAGCUUGGGACUUCCGGAAAACCAGAUUGGAUUUGUGUCAAUGGAGCUGUGAUAUACAUAAAGGCAGAUAAUUUUUACUAUACAUCUUGCAUUGGGGACGGACAAUGCAACAAAAAGGUUACAAAAUAUGGAGAUGGGAGGUGGUGGUGUGACCUGUGUGAUCAAUCUGUUGAUGAAUGUGAUCAUAGGUACAUACUCUCGCUUCAGAUAGAAGAUCACACGGGCUUAACAUGGGUAACUGCUUUCCAGGAAUCAGGCGAGGAGCUUAUGGGAAUGUCCGCUAAAGAUCUUCAUUUUAUGAAGUUUGAGAACAAGACGACGACGGGUUUCUAAAAGUUCUUCGUCAAGUUAUGUUUACCAAUAUAUAUUCAAGUUGAAAGUGGAAGAGGAAACAUUCAGUGAUGAGCAUGUCUAGUGCUGUUCAAGGCAGAGAAGAUGAACCAUGAAUCCCUAUCCAAAAUCCUUUUGGAUUUGAUGGAAAACUUCAAAUAUGGGAACCUGACUGCUUCAGCGCCCAAGGUAGAAAAUGGUUACACAAAAUUCUGUGUUGAUUACUCCUAGAAAGGAGAAUUUUGGAAGUGGGCAGACUGGAUUGAGUUCAAUGGGCUUGCCAGCUAAUUAAGUCAAUAAGUACAUUAACCAAGAUAACUCGAGGUUUCCUACAUCGAAUGUAUCUAGGGGACCAAUAUAAUGUAACAGCUGUGGAGCCACAGGCCAUAUAGCUACAAACUACCCUACCAUUUCACUAGCCCCAGCAGCAAGGAGGGGCCUAUGGCAGUAGAACGUUGUAUGGAGCUGAUGCUAGGAAUGGUAGAGGAAGAUGGGGCGGCCUUGGUUAAGUUUUUUUUUUUUUUUUGUAUAGUAUCACUG